AUGGCCUCCAACACCGAGAUCAAUGCCUCUGCGGUAGAUAAGGACGAUUUGAAGAUACCGCUGAUCGACUUUGGCCCCUUCUUCACAGGGACCCCAUCUGAUAAACAUGCUGUCGCUCUGGCCAUAACCGAUGCCUUCAAAACAUCUGGCUUCGUCUAUCUCAAGGCGCAUGGAAUUCCGCCAUCUGUUGUGUCUGAGGUAUUUGCGUCAUCGGCCCGUUUCUUCGCUCGCCCCCAGAGCGAGAAAGAUUCGCUGGGCUGGACGACUCCACAGUCGAACCGUGGUUACGUCGCUAUCGGGCGGGAGAAGCUAAUGACUGUCGACGAAACAAAUGGAGCUGAUACUCUGCGUGCAUCCGCACCAGAUAUUAAAGAGACUAUGGAACUUGGUCGUGAGGGAGUCGAGGGUCUACCCAAUCGCUGGCCUGAUCAUCUCGAUGAUGAAGGAAAGAACUUCAAAGAAACCAUGCAAUCAUUCUUUGAAAUGGGAAAGACCCUACAUAAGCAUAUCAUGCAAGCCAUUGCAUUGGGCAUGAAUUUGCCAGAGCACUUCUUCGACGAGUCUGUCAAUGUCGGUGAUAAUAAUCUCCGUCUGCUUCACUAUCCUCCCGUCAGCAAAGAGGUCUUCAAAAACAACCCGAAUCAAGUCCGCGCUGGCGAGCACAGCGAUUACGGUUCAAUCACUUUACUUUUCCAAGAUAAACACGGUGGGCUGCAAGUGCGCAGUCCCAAGGGAACCUUUGUGGAUGCGACUCCCAUUGCUGAUACUAUUGUUGUCAAUGCUGGGGAUCUGCUUGCUCGAUGGUCCAAUGAUACCAUCAAGAGUACCCGCCAUCGGGUGAUUCAGCCGCCUGCGCCCGAGGGCUCUGAGAACGAUGAUUCGGAUUAUCCUGCACGGUACAGCAUUGCGUAUUUCUGCCAGCCAAACAAUGACCAACUUAUUGAAGCCCUGCCGGGAACCUUUGGUGAGGAAGUUCAAGUGGACAAGAAAUACUCGGCGAUUACUUCAGGCGACUACCUGGUUCAGCGAUUGACGGCGACUUACUGA